AUGGAGAAUACUCAUAGUUCUUUGAUGCCAAGGGUUAUACAAGAGGAGUUAUCCAUCCAGGUAGAUAAUGAAGAUCUAGAAUCUUUGCUUAAAUUAAAUAAUGAUCAAUUAAUUGCAUUCAAUGCAAUUAUGGAUGUUAUCAACAACAAACAAAGUCAAGUUUUCUUUGUGGAUGGACCAAGAGGAACAGGUAAAACAUUCCUUUAUCGCACUUUAAUUGCAAAAGUGAGAAGCAAGGGACAAAUUGUUUUAGCAACUACCUCAUCUGGUAUAGUUGUCACACUAUUACCUGGUGGUCGAACUGCACAUUCUAGAUUUAAGAUACCAAUCAAUGUAGAGGCAGAUUCAUUUUGUUUUAUAAGUAAACAGUCUGAUCUUGCGAAACUAAUUAGAGAAAUAACAACUAUCAUUUGGGAUGAAGCACCUAUGACAAAUAGAUAUGCUUUCGAAGCAUUAGACAGAUCAUUAAAGGAUAUUCUAGAUUGUAAUGCUCCAUUUGGUGGUAAAAUUAUGAUAUUAGGAGGGGAUUUUUGUCAGGUGCUUCCUGUUGUUCUAAAGGGUACUAAGGCAAAUGAUAUAUGCAUGUAUUUUAAGUUUCAUUUAUGGCCUAUCACAAAGGUUUUACAUUUGAGACAAAACAUGCGAUCAUUACAAGAUCAUAAUUUUGCAGAAUAAAUGCGCAUUGGAGAUGGUAAUGAACCUACCAAAUGUGAUGAUAUGGUAAAAGUACCUCAUCAAAUUGAGAUAACAUGGGAAGGGGAAAAUUCAAUACAAAAACUUAUUCGUGACACAUUUCCACAAUUACAAUCUCAUACAUGGGAUGCUUCUCUUUUAAGAAAACCUUUCUUGAACAAAGAUGAGUGA